UGCUCUUAUAACUAUGACAACGAGUGGCGUCCAGUAUGGCUCCGUGAGCUGAAAGAUUUGAUUUACCUUAUUCGCACCUGCUAUAAUGUUCUAGUGUCUGUGAUUUCUCAUUCCUCAGAUUGUCCAAAGAGCAAUGUCGCUCUUUAAAGUGCGUGAUUGGUGGUCAACCAAAGUUGGUGUGGAGGAGGAAUUUGACCAGGGAUGUCUCUGUGUAGCCAACAUCAUCAAUGGUGAGCAACAUGAUCAAAUCAUCACUGGGAGUUUCCAAGGAAUGCUCCGGAUCUACAACCCGCAACCUACCAAAACCAAUCACGGAUGGAGUGGUUUCAGUCCCCAGCACCUUCUCCUCGAGACCCCGUUUCAGCUUCCCAUCCUACAGAUUUCUGCUGGCCAAUUUGUGUCCGGCACCGACAAAUUAUACCUAGCUAUUCUCCACCCACAGAAACUAAGUGUUUAUGGCGUCACAGCCGUGACCGGUCAUGUGGAACAGGGUAACCAUUAUCAGCUCUAUCACAUGUAUGAACACAACCUGCAGCGAUCUGUCUACAACUUCUGCUACGGUCCGUUCGGAAAUGUCUAUGGCAAAGACUUCAUCUGCGUCCAGUCCCUCGAUGGUACAGUGUCCGUGUUUGAACAGGAGAGCUAUGCAUUCACACGCUUCCUUCCAGCAGCUUUCAUCCCGGGCCCCAUGAAGUACGUCCCCAGCACCGACUCACUGGUCACCGUGUCUUCGAGUCGUUUGGUCGAAUGCUACAAAUACCAAGUUCUUGCAGUGGCAACAGAUUCUAAAACCAAAGAAGAAUCACAGAAUAUAAAACAGGGCAAACGUGUAACGCCGCACUGGGUGUAUGGUAUCGAAGAAAAUGCAUUGGACAUCACAACAAUCACAUACUGUGCCCAGGAAACAUUGUGUUUCAUUUUAGUUCUUGGUGAGCGUAACAUAUAUUUGCUGACAGAGAACGGUUGUUUGCAUUUCAUGAAGAAACUGGAAUAUGAUGUCAGCUGUUUCUGUUCCUAUGUGUCAAACUCAGUGAAGUUUCUUGUGGCCACUCAUGCAGCAUCUCUAUUGGUCUAUCAAGAUGUGGAGCUCCUGUGGGCAGCCAAAAUGGACCACACCCCAGUUCAUAUCUGUACUGGCACCUUCCAGGGUAUCAAGGGUUUAGUUGUUAGCCUGACAGAGAAUGGUUACCUGCAAGUCUCCUACCUGGGUAGUGACCCAGACCUGUUCACUCCUCCGAUGGUCGAUUCUCGUGACGUCCGCUAUGACGACAUCGACAAAGAAAUCAGCUCCUUGAACAAGAAGAUCCGUCAGUUGUCUCACAAGGCUGACAUAUUAAUCCCACACCCAAAGGAAUCGGAAGAACUGACCGUCACUGCUGAUCUCCUUCCUGAACUACAGACCAGAGUAAUUGGCAGUUAUUCUGACUAUGAGACUGAACAUGAAGUGUCCUGUGUCUCGUUAAAGAUUGUGUUCAAGUGCAAAACUGUUCUGGAGAAUGUGAACUGCCAGAUCUGUGUUGGGAACCACAUAACUGCUGAGAAACCAGAAUUCCACCUCAGCAAACUGGAGCCGAAUCGACCCCAUGAAACCAUUAUGUGUGUGUAUCCUUCCUCAUUAGACCUGCCGACCAGCCUAGCUGUCCAAGUUUGCACCAGUUACCUGCGACCAUCUUCAGGAAGCAGUCGACGAGUGGUGACUGAUCUGAGACUACCACUCCGUUUAGUCGUGAAGCCAGCAGUUCCAAUGAAGAACGCAAACUACAAGAUCACCAUUGACUCAAACAAAGCAUCUUUGAAUUUAAACAAGAUUUUCCCAGAUUUAACAGAUCCUAGUGGCUCAGGUUCCAACUCAGUGGUGGGCUGUGAAUACCUCAACGGGACGAUUGUUACAAUUCUUGCUUCAAAGUCAGAUCGUUACCGGAUCCAGUGUGAUAAAUUUGAAGCGAUGUACAUUUUGUGCGAGGAAUUAGUGCGGAGGCUGAAGAAGAACUUUGAGCACGACAGAAACAGUGAUUUCAAGCUGGGAUUUAGCAGCCAUCUUCCUCUCCCGGAGUAUUUUGAACUGAUCAACAUACAUUUAGAGCAUCGUCAAGAAGUGGAACGUUGCAAAGAGGAGCUGGCGACGAAGGCGGCGCAGUUCCGUGCCAUUCAGAGGCGUCUCUUAAUCAAAUACAAGGACAAGUCCCCUUUGCAUCUUGUCGGGUUGGACAUCCUUCUGGAAGAAACCUACCAUCAGAUCCUUCUUCUGUCUGAAAUGAUCGAAGGGAACCAGCGGGAGCUGGAACUGGCCUCUGACCAUCUCAGCUGUGGCACGUCUCUCUUAAAUCUCCUCAUACGGCUUUGGUACCCGGGUCACAUGACUGACCAGGAGUUUGCUGUCCUUAACACAGUUCUCUCCCCCAUCAUCAAUAACAACAGCCAUCAGGGCUGGGAGGAGAACGUCGACGCUGCCAUCACCCACAUGCUGCGGACUGUGCUGGCAAAGAACACCAAAGACACAACGAUCAACCCUCCACCGUUCAGCCUCCCGACUGAUUCCUCAAAAGUCUGUAAACACAUCACAACAUUCUGUGAUAAACUGGGGAAAGGAGUAAAGCUGGUUCCAGCCGCUUCUGAUCAAAAACAACUGGCAGCCUUCCCAUCAUCCCCUUCUCCCAAAGAACUGGGAGCCGAAGACAGUGACAGCCUAUUGGCUCAAAUGGAUCACAUGACCCUUGAUGAAGACCAAUAGCAGCAUCACUAUCAACGUCAUCAGGAGAGACUUACGGUGACACGGUGACUCUCACCUCCUGGAGGAGAGGCAGUCACUUUAUAUCUUAAUCACCUGAACAGUUUUCUCUACACUGAACAGUUUUCUCUGUCUUGAUGUCGUUGUUGUUUAGCCCUAGGUCAGUCCUGAUUGAGGAAACUUGUAAUCAGAGGCAUUCCAGCCAUGGCCAUUCAGUUUAUUUUUUUGUUUUCUUUUUUUUUUAAGGUUAUUUUAUUGGAUUAUUUCAUUUAAUGUGUCCUUUCUUUUUUAAAUUAGUAAGGUAUGGCUUGAGGGGGAUUUGACUUUUCUUUCUGGCAGGUUGGGCAACCACCUUUAGACUUGUUGGAUUUGUGUACGUUUUGAGGGACAGUAGUGUGUGUGUGUGUGUGUGUGUGUGCGCAUGUGUGUAUGUGUGUAAUGUAGAUGUGUGCACUUGUAUGUGUGAGUGUGUGUGUAUUUGUAAAUGUAUGUGUAUUGUGUUUGAUGUAUGCAUGUGUUAUUGUGUGUGGUAUGUGAAUGUUGUAUAGCAUGUGUGUGUGUGUGUGUGUGAGUGUGUGUGAGUGUGGUGUGUAUACGCAUGUGUUUGUGUGUGUGAAUGUGUUUUCCUGUGUUGCUCUAGUCAGCUUUGCACAUACAGAACUGACUGGGACAGCUUAGCCACCACCACCACCACCACCAUCACCACCCACAGCACUCAUCACCCCCUUCCCCCACAGCCACCACCACCAUCACCACCACCACCACCACCACCACCACC